CACUUUCGGAAUCUUCGCUCCUGUACGCGACAUUUUUGCACUAUGCGAGGCGAGUAGACACUAAUCGCAGAGCCACAAAGGGGCCGGUGGUUGCAAGCGAUUCGAAUACAUUCAUCGAACAGGAGCGCUCGUCGCUGCGGCAUUAGGCCGUCGGGGCACGGUUGGCAGCGAUGCAGGAGACGAACUCUGGAGAGAGCGUCAAUGAGUCGCUUCUGAAGUGCUCGCUAGGCGGAGACAAGAUCGACUACCGUCCUCUGUUCAAAGAAGCGCGAGAGUUCUAUCCUCAUUUCAAGAUGAUCUUGUGCACGAACAACCCCUUGACCAUCAAAGGGACGGAUCACGGAAGCUGGCGAAAGAUUCGGAUGGUUCCUUUCGAGAGCCGCUUUGUGGCCAAGACUGACAAGGUGGCCGAGAAGGAAGGAUCCCCGCCCGCCGAACCCAUCGAACACUUGGUCCAAGAUGCCGAAGGGGACGCCGUGUUUGAGACGGAUCCCCAGCAAACACGACAUCCAAGGUCGUUGUCAGUACAUAUACAGCGUCCACACCCGCUCUGUUCUCACCAUCACUUCCCCCUCUGUCAUCGCUAACCGCACCAUCAGUGCCAACAUCACUACCAGCGCCAUUUCUCGUACCACCUCCGCGGUCGCCUCCGUAGAUCAUCGUAGAUCCGGAGUUUUCCCGUUUCGCACAUAUACUGUAUAUAGGCAGGACCUAUAUGUAAAAUAAGCCUACAAUAGAUAUUCAGAACC